ACCACAGCUGCCUUCAGUAAAGCGACAGGUGCGCCUAAUUGCGAGUGGCUACAUUGACUGUGUUUUGUGUGUUGUAUUCGAGUCAGACACGGAAAUACGGACUGGUCAUUAACUAAUGGAUUCGGCGUUAAAGGUCGUUAAAUAAUGUCCACUUUGCCACGCAAAACUCACUCACUGCAUGAUUGCGGUCGGUGUGGCAGUCGGUGUAGCAGCCGGCGUGGCAGUCGGUGCAGAGCUAGUGGGACCAGGCGUAGGGGUCGGCACAGAUGCAGGUGCAGACGAGGGUGCCAUUGUAGGCGAGCCUCCAACAAAGCUGUGGUUGCUGACGGUGACGCCAGUGAUUUGCGCACGCAUCAGCAUAUUGUUAAUCAGUGGGUCGGGCAUCGCGUUGGCCAUCUGCACAACCACAGUCUCCGCGUACGUCGGCGGAAUCGUGGUUGCAUGGAAAAUCUGCGUCAGACUGCUGUAGAUGGUUGGCCUUGGGGCGUUGCUGAGCCAGGGCAUGGCGUUGUUGACUACGCUUGCAAAGUCGUUCCAGUGGGCAGAGAUAGAGUUCAGCGCAUCCUGUUGCGCAGUGGCGGUGAGGGCGAGUGUGGUGAGGGCGAAGGCAGAUGUGAACUUCAUGAUUUCUAAUAGGUCGUUAUGCAAAGAGGAAGAUGCUGAUCGAGAGGAAUGGAUGAGAGAA